AUGUGGCCGAUGAUCCUGAAGACCGCUCUGUCCACCAUCCUCCUCUUGGCCAGCGGGGUCUUGCCUAUUAUCACGGCAGCAGCGCAUAGAGCCGUCCACCCACCAUGCAGCCAGGCCUGCGGCACUGGCAUGCCCGCAAAGCAGAACCUGAUGUACCCAUUCGGGUUCUCUCCGGGCUGCGCGAUCCAGCUCAAUUGCACCAAGGACGGGGACGCCCUUGUAGGCGAUUUCUUGGUGCAGUCUGCGUCCCCGGACACCGUCGUCAUCACCAUCGAGGCCAAGUGUGACCGCCCGUUCGGGUCCAUCGAGCAGCUCUACGGCAGCAACUACGCCCCGAUGGGGAACAACGCCAUCCUGCUCAACAAUUGCACGAAGGCCUCCCCCUGCGAUGUGGCCACUACGCAGGUCAUCCAGGCCCAAUUCCGGUCCCUCUGCGAGCGGAGCAACAAGACCAACACCAGCAUGAGCUGCCUCUCCGAGGAGGCGAACAACUACAACACGACGUUUCUCAACCGCAGGAGCCUCUUUGCCCUCGGCUGUGAGUACUUUCUGUCAUCUAUAUCGGCCGAAGAGCUGAACAACGUGUCGGUGUCACUGGACUUCCAGAUGCUACAGCUGGUGUGGUGGGUGAACGGCGACCGGUGCGAGUGCUCCCAGGACGCCAACUGCGUUCGACUCUCGGGGCUGCCGAACGGCGGCGGAAAUGGGUUCCGAUGCAAGUGCAGGGACGGGUUCCUUGGCGAAGGGUUCUUGGCGGGCACCGGCUGCUGCUAG